GAAAAUAUGUUGAGAGCAUAAAUGGUCGAUAACAAUUCAAAAAAAUGGUCCAUUGGUUUAGAAUUCGUCCAAUUUCAAAAAAACUGUUCCCAUCAUCGCGUAAUUGGUAGAUCUCCAUAUAAAGCUUUAUUUGGUUGUGAUCCGAAAUUAGAUUUAACAACUCCAAAAUUACCAUCAGAAAUGUUGCAAAAAAUAUCAACUGAAGAGGAUUUACUGAUGUAUAGCAAAGACUCAGAUGAUCCACAUUCUACGAUUAAAAUUAUCGCUUCACGUUGUAGUCUUUGUGGCAAUGAAAUAACGGUGGAAAUCAAUUCUGCUAGUUUUAUUGUUUGUAACUUAUGCAAAAAUAAUGAAAACAUCAGUGGAUCAAGACAACAAGGAUUAAAAGGCUUACAAAAGGCUGUGGAAAAAAUGUUAAAGAUAAGUAACCUUAAGGUUACUCAAUUUAAAGUCGAAGAUUGUGUUGUAGUUCCAGUUCCUAAGAUGGAUAGAGGUUCAUCAUACUCGGUGAAUAUAAUUGCCAUAGUCACAGAACAAAAAAAUGAGCUAAAUCGUCUUGGAACCAAACACGAAUUAAUUAAGGGAUGGUUCAAUUCUUCAAUUCUUCAACCAGCUACAUCUAAUUUUAUUAACAUAACAGAAGUCAAUAAAGCAAAAGAUUUAAGUCUAAGGGGAAUAGUGGCUUUAACAACAAGAGGGCAAGUUUUUCAUAGUUGUAAUUGCAGGGGCAAUUGUGAAACGAAAAAAUGUGCCUGCUUUAAAUCAAAUCUCAAAUGUAAUAGCCAGCCGUUGCCAUAAUACUACCCCUUGUUCAAACAAACUUUAUAAUACUACUUUAUAAUAAUAUAAUUUUUUUUAUUAAUA